AUGCAAUGUCAUAAAAAUGUUUACAUUUUAGUUAUGAGUGAGGACAAAGUAGCAUCAAGCAAUGGGGAAGGCAGAAAUAAAAUAUCGUUGGAGACUUUGCUGGUGGAAGAAAUCGGACAGUUCGGUCGAUAUCAGUGUCGGAUGGUGGGAGUGACAAUUGUGUUUGUUAUAUUUGCUUCGUGGGCGGGGGUCGAAUACUUAUUUACCACAGCUCGUAUCAACACCAGGUGCCUCAUACCGGAAUGUGAAAGCGAACCUGGGAUAGAGUUUCGUCCAGAAUGGAUUUCGAACGCUAUCCCGGAGAGUGGCGCCUCGUUUCAUGACUGCAGGAGAUUUAGUCCGAUCAAUGUCACUGGAGUCUCUGACGCUGACACCUGUCCAGCAUAUAGGUUCCAGCGAGACAAGAUCAUCGCCUGUGAGGAGUACGUUUAUGAAACUACUUACAGCGUUGUAUACGACUACGGGCUCGCGUGUGACGAAUGGCGGCGUUCCCUGAUCGGGUCUGUCCGGACCUUCGGGACCCUGACGGCACUACCCAUCACCGGCUAUAUCUCCGACCGCUGGGGCAGGAGGACAGCUCUCUGCAUCAACGCGUUCAACACAGCCUGGCUGGGAGUAACUCGCUACUUCGCCGACACAUAUAUUGGUUUCCUCAUUUCUGAAGUCGUUGAAGCGACUUUCGGUUCUGGCGGGUAUUCCUGUGCCUAUAUUUUAUUAAUGGAAGUAGUUGGACCGAAAUAUCGUGUAGCUGCAGGUGCUACAUUUAAAACAGUGUUCUCGAUUGGACAAAUAAUGCUGGCACUGAUAGCGUGGGCAGUACCAGACUGGAGAACUUUGACACUAGCUUUGUACAUACCGCAGCUCAUUACAAUUUGCUACUACUGGCUCAUAUUUGAGUCAAUUCGGUGGAAUUUAUCAAAGGGGCAUUAUGAAGAAGCCGGCAUGACCCUGAAGAAAGUUGCUAAGAUCAACGGCAAGCAACUCUCCGAAAAGUCAAUAGAAUGGCUGAGAGUGUCUGCAGAAGAGUUGCAAAAAGAAAGAGAAUUAGAAAAACAUAUGAAAGCGACAGAGCCUUGGCUGAUUGUGAUCUUAUUUAGACACAAGCGCGUUUUACUGAGAGUGUUGGUGUCCCCGGUAUGGUGGAUCACAAGUACACUAAUCUACUACGGCCUGUCUGUGAAUGCUGUCAACAUGUCUGGCAACCGGUAUCUCAACUAUAUCGCAGUAGCUGCUGCCGAAAUCCCAGGAUACUGGGUCGCUGUACUUCUAUUGAACAGAAUUGGCAGAAAGCCAGUACUAGCGGGUGCUUACUGGCUAUGCGCUGCAUGUCAAAUUGCGUACAUAUUUACGCCCCGGGACAUGUAUACUGUAUCAAUGAUGAUAUUUUUGGUCGGCAAGUGGAGUAUCGCUAUGGUGUCGUCAUCUGUCUACCUCUACACCAUGGAACUCUACCCCACCAAGUACCGGCACUCCCUGUUCGCCUUCUCUUCCAUGAUGGGCCGGAUUGGUUCCAUCAUAGCCCCUCUUACUCCUGCAUUUGGAGCAGCUUUGUUCGACGAGUUCCCGUUCAUUUUGUUUGCUGGAUUUGGACUUUUGUCAGGACUUCUUAUAUUGCUAACUCCGGAGACACUCGGCACCAAGCUACCGGAUACAAUGGAGGAAGCUUCAAAUAUCGGACUGAAACCAAAUUAAUUUUAUUUUUUUAAUAAUAAUAAUAAUAAUAGUAAUAUUAAUAUUUAAGCUAAAUUAUUUAUAAUAAAUUUUAAAAUAAAAAUCAUAUUUAA